UCUUCUUUAGGCUUGACUCGGCUUAAAUACUCCGGAGAGCACUAGGACCAACAAUUCGCCGUACCAAUACCCAGCCUAAAAUUUCUCGGAAGCUGUACCAACGCCCAAAAAUGAAGCUGAACGAGCACGAAGCGCUACUCACCUCAAAGGUCUUACUGGUCCCCUACAGCGGACACCACGUGCCGACCUACCACGAAUGGAUGCAAGACGAGUCCCUGCAGCAAGCAACCGCCUCAGAACCGCUCACGCUCGCCGAAGAAUACGCCAUGCAGAAGUCCUGGCGCACGGACGCUGACAAGCUGACUUUCAUCGUGUGCACGCCGCCAUCGGCACCAAACCACAUCAACCACUCCGAGAUCCUUGUCAAGGACGCGCACCCCAAAGUCACUCCAGGAAAGGACGACGCACCAGAAACCAUGAUCGGCGACGUGAAUCUCUUUCUGAACGCAGACGACGACAGAGAGGAGGAACACGCCCACUGGCGACUCAUCCACGAGGGAACGAAGAAAACUAUCCAAGAGGGGAAGAUGCAUGGUGUCGUUGGCGAAGUAGAGAUCAUGAUUGCUCGGAAAGACUGCCAAGGCAAAGGACUAGGAAGAGAGACCCUGCUAGCUUUCCUGUGGUACAUCUUGACUUCCUUCAGCGGCAUCAUGAACGAGUACCACAUCGCGCAUGGAAAUGGCAAGACAGGCAGCUAUCUCAAUUACCUGCGGGUUAAGAUCGACAGUGGGAACGCGAGAAGCAUCAAGUUGUUUGAGAGCGUGGGUUUCAAGAAGGUAUCAGAGAAGCCAAACUACUUCGGAGAAUUGGAGCUAAGGUGGCAGGUUCGGCUCAUGUCUUUGAGCGAGAUUGAGAGACAGAUGGGCACGGUGCCCCACAGGAUAGCGUAUAAGCCAUAAGCCGCGGAGUGCAGAAUAGACCAUUCUGCUACCAAGAUAUCAUUACUGUACAUGACGGGUUCUUUUCAUCGUGCGUGCCGUCAUUGUCUUCCAAGCGCGCGACCUGGAGAUACCCUUCUCUACAACUUCUGGUACUCCAGCUUGCCCUCCAGCUUCUUCGACUCGGCCAUCUUGCGCACCGCCUUGUUGAAGUCGUCCUGGUUGAUGGCGUCCCUGUAGUCCUUGAUGGCGAAUAGACCGCUGCGUCCUAUUAGCUUCAGGUAUCGCGAACUAGCGA